UGAGUCAAUUGAAGCUAGACCACUAUGGAAAACCUGGAAGCAACUGAAUGGUCGUUUCGUCCUAUUGAUUAAUUAUCAACUACUAUAGUAGUUGAAUUUUUUCCCCUUUCUCUCUACCUUUUUCCAGUCUAAGAAACAAAUGAUUCCUUUUAACUAUUCGUUCCAGUUAGUCAUAUACAAUGUAGAACCUGACACAUCUGCUUACUGGUUCAAAAUAAUGUACCGCAUUAUUACACCGAGAUCAUGUUAUUUCAGGACAAAUUAUUAUAAGUAAUAACAAUAUUGAUAGUAAUAAUAUUAAAAAUAAUGAUUUCAAAGGAUUGAAUGUAGCUAAAGAAGAAAAAUAACUAAGUAUAAGGAAAUUUCAAGACUCAAAAUUGUAAACAAAUACAAGGAGUGAUGAAUACACUUGCAUCAUUACGAAUAAUUCUGAGCCAUAUUGCUCAAAUUCUCUAAUCAUUGGUUAUGAUAGUCAUAUGGACCUCAAUCAAGCUAUUCUUGAAGAUCAUUGUUCAAGAAUAUGGGCUGCAUCAGCUGAUCGUACUCCAAGUAGUGGAGGAGGAGGAGGAGAAGGGAGUGGCAAUGGAAGUAGAGGAGGUGGUCAUCUUCGUGAUGUCGAUGAUGAUGGUGAUAACAACGUUACUAAUGAUAUUGAUCAUAGUGGAAUUGGUAUAGAUCUUGGUAUACAUUCAACUAGGCCUCAUGAUACUACCACACUAGAUGAUAACUCAUCUCAACGAAAUAUUUCAUUAGAUAUAAAUGAACGUUCAUUUAUAUCUCCAAUUAUCAAUAAUUAUGAUCAUGAAUCAUAUUGUCCAUCUACUUCUUUCAAUUAUAAUAGAUCAUAUAUUAGUGAUAAUAAUGUUGUUAUCGGUGAUAUCAAUUGGUCACAUCCAACUAAUAAUGAUCUAACAAAAUCACAACAAACACAUAAUCAUAAAUCAUCUUCUUAUUCUAUAGUUGAAAAUAAUUGGAUUAAUGAUGAAAAUACACAACUUAUGCCUAAUAAUAAUUCUAUAAAUUCAUAUAAUAAAUCUUCCAGUAUAAUCGAUCCAUCAACUACAAAAUCAUUACCAGUAAUCGUCCCACCAUGGUUCGCAUCAUUUUCUCAAUCGAAAUAUUCUCAAAAGACAUCAGAUAUUCAAUUACAUACACAUUAUACAGAGCAUUUAGUCGAUUCGAUUAAUACCACUAAUGCUGCAAUAUCUAUACAUGAUACAGAUCGAACAGAAAAUAGUCCAGUUAAUAUUGGUAGUAGUAGUAGUAGUGCUUCUACUACAACUAGUAGUACUAAUGAUCAUCAUCAUCAAGGUUCUGUUACAACUAACACCACAUCUCAGUCAACUCACUCUUCAUCAACAUCAGCUGUUUCUGGGACGUCGAAUUCCACACCGGGAAGUUCCGGUGUAGGUGUAUGCACCUCGUCCAAUUCACUUGUUAUAGGCUAUUAUAUGGGUGAUGAUCCGGUACCCUAUAGAAGUUUAUGGCCAUCAUCAGAGAUUACACUUGGUCAAUUUAAACAAUUAAUUCCCAAGAAAAAAGGCUUAUUCCGAUACUUUUUCAAGAAAGCAUCUGAUGAAUUCGAUUCCGGUGUAGUCCAUCAAGAGAUCACAAAUGAUGAUACUAUUCUACCUUUAUGGGAAGGUAAAAUUGUCGCCAAAGUUGAACGAAUUGAUUAA